AUGGAUGUUGCAGCAUCUGCGCCGGCGACUGCCAGCGAUGCGGGGCGUCCAAUCGCUGCUUCCUCUGUCUACCUUUUGAUGGUCUUGCUCUGGGCCACGGACGCCAUCUCCGUCGGCUCCCUGUUCGAUGUCUAUGUGGCAGAUGUGGCCCAGAGCACAGGCUACGCGCAUCCGAACGAGUUUAUCGGCUUUCUCGAGUCGGUACGCGGCUUAACGGCCUUUGCAGCGGCGUUUCCGCUUGGCUACCUCUCCGAUCGCUUCGAUCGCUUGGCCGUCCUUCGCAGCUGCGGCUUUCUCUUCGGCUUGUCCGGGGCCGUGGUGCUAUCGGUCGCUCUACUUUUGGGACGCUUGGGCUGGCUGGCUGUGGGCUUGGCACUCUACGCCAUAUUCUUCCAGGUGGUUUGCUUCCUCGUCCUUUUGUGGCCCCUGCACAGCUCCGGCAGCGCCAGCGCCGGGGGCGCCGCCGCGCCGUUGGCCUCGUCGGAGAUUGGCGAUCGACAGUGCGAGAAGGUCUUCGGUGCGCCAAAGUACUUGCUGAUACCAGGCCUUAUCGCAGCUUUCAACAUCACCUUCAUGCUUGGAGGAGGUAUCACCCUCAAGUUCUACCCGCUCUUUUACCACCGCGAAUACGGGCUCUCCGACGUGGAAAUCUGCUGGAUCAUGGCAGGAUAUUGGCUGGCGACCGCUGUUGGAACGAAGGUGGGCGAAGAGCUUUUCAGCCAGGAGCUGACAGAGGCUGAGAAGCUACUAACCAGCAGCCUUGCCCAAGCAGGUGUGGUAAACCACUUGGUUGUUGCUGCACGCAUCGAUGCUGCGGCGAGCAUGGGUGACAUACCCGGAGCAGCAGAGGGUCUUGACUUCAUGAUCACCCACGAUUUAGAGCCGGAUCUGCCCGCCUUCACGUCUGCCAUCAAUGCCUGCAGGAUGGCAGACCCACCAAGCCCAUCGGCUGCUAUGUACGUGUACGAGCAGAUGUUGCAGCGGGAUCUGGAGCCGUCGGUGAUAACGUUUACAAGUCUGACCAGGGCCCAUGACAGGGCUCGAUCUUCCAAGCUCAAGGCCAUACUGUCAGAGUUGACGACGAGAGAACUUGCGCCGGACGGAGUUUUUGCGGAAGCCUUUGUGUCAGCAAUCUUUGGUGGGCUGAAAUUUCGGGAUGUGAGUGACGAGCAGAUGCAGGCACGCAUGGCAGCAAUGAGUACCCAGCGCCGGCAGCUUCUGCACCAAGCUCUGAAAGACUUCAGGAAGCUGGUCGAGUUCGGUUCAGCCGGUGCUAC